CAGAUUGCCUGGAAGAUGUUUGCGAUCUGCACUAGAGUAUUCAUCAAUAUUCCAGGGUGGAUAUGAGGAUAUUUGUGGAUUGGAGUGGAUAGUUUGACGUAAAUCGGAUCAUCCGUUUUUUGUAUUGACAUUUGAGCUGAAAAUUUCAUGGAAUGUCCUCUCCAUUGAGGGUCACCAAGCAUGAUUGUUUUCACCGGAAAACUGGAGCAAUCGAUUGUGCUUGAGUGUCAUCGCAUGAAUCCUCUCCAUCAUAAGAUUCGAUUUACAGGCUGAGUAUGUCAAGAAGGAAAAACGUGCCAGGGAGGACUGAACGACAAUUCGACAACGUGGAUUACACCCAGCUGACCGAAACCGAUAAUGGUUUCGUUGAUUCACAGUUUGUCAGUCCUCCAGUGAAGAUCCCAUGGAAGGCAAUUGGUUUAGCAACCCUUCUGUUCGUUGGUGGCACUGUAAUGCUGAUCAUAGGCAGUCUGAUUGUCAGUGGUCACAUUGACUCCAAGUACAAGGAUCGAAUGUGGCCGAUGAUUAUCCUUGGGGCCUUGAUGUUCAUCCCAGGUGCCUAUCACGUUCGUGUUGCCCUCAUGGCGUACACCAAAGUUCCUGGGUAUUCGUUCGAUGAUAUUCCCGAAUUCGAUUGAAACAUGAAAACACUGGGGACGACAUAAUACAAUUUUGCCACUUAAUUAAUUAUAGUGAUAAGGAUGUUGAUUGUAAAUAACUAAUGCCACAAUGUGCUUUUUCAUCUCUAUGCAGGAAGAAAUAAUCAGUACACUAGAAUAUUGCAAGUAUUAUUUUGUUCGUAUGGUUUUAUUGAACCAAUGGGUUCCAUUUUUAUAUCUCUCAUUGUCUUCGGUUUUUUAUGGAAUUACUAGGAUACGAUUUUUUCAAUUUUCUCUGCAUUGUGUGUCCUCAGUCUUUGACGAUUUUUAUUAAUAUUACUGUUGGGAAUAGGGUGUAAUAUGAAAUUUAUAUGGGAGUUGGAUUAAACUGUGAUAUCAAAGUGCA